GGCUUCUAUUCGCAAUAAAACAAUAGCACUUAAUUAAAUUAUAAGUAUUUACAAAGCAACGACGUAAAGCUGCGUACUAAGACCUACCGUUUGAUGUUUCUUCAAAUAUUCUUCGAUACCAACGUGGGAUCGAACUUCUUCGUCAACUUUUCGUUUUAGUGUCUGUAAAAAAGAGAGUUAAUACAACAGCAGUUUUAGAGAAAACCGCUCCCCAAUAUUCCUCACAUCAUUGCAUGAAACGUGGUGAGACAGAAAUACGGUCAGCAAGUUUUCGUGGAGAAAUUUUCCUUUUUAGCUUAAUCUGGUGACGUAACCAGAGAGAAUCGUAAAGAUGGCUGACAGAUUGUGGUGCAAAGCGGUUUUCACUGGUUAUACUCGAGGUCUAAGAAACCAACAUGAACACACAGCUCUGCUGAGAAUCGAAGGCGUGACCAACAAGGAAGACACCGAUUUCUACCUUGGAAAGAAAUGCGCUUAUGUUUACAAGGCAAAGAGGAAAACUAAGACCCCAAGAGGAGAGCCAAACAAAACCCGAGUUAUCUGGGGUAAAGUGACCCGCUCCCAUGGUAACAGUGGAGUUGUGAGAGCCACUUUCAAAACCAACUUACCAGCUAAAGCAAUCGGGCACAGAAUUCGAGUGAUGAUGUACCCAUCCAGAAUUUAAAAAGCCUCGAUUGUGACUGGUGCAAAUAAAACUACUGAUCAUAA